GAAGUUUAAUCUAUGGUGGCAGGAUGUUGGUCCCGCUGGGUCCUGCUCGUCGUUAACACCGAGUGUUUACGGACCCGCGGUCAGAACCGAACAGACGCAUAGUGACCGGACCUUACCGGAACGUUUUAAUGUUUCAUCGUGUUCAAGUUUCCCGGCGGAGGAGAACCGGUGAGAGACAGGAAGGAGGGGGCACGCGGAGGUAACGGACGUGAGUCCUCUUCUCAGCAUGGAGACAACAGGAGAUCCAGGAAACAGCAGUCAGCAGGUGACGUCUCCUCUGCCUCCUCAGUGCUGCAGCUGUGACAGCUCCUCGUCCAGAUGUUGGUGUGUCGACUGUAACGAAGCUCUGUGCGAUGACUGCGUGUCGGCUCAUCGCAGAGUCACAGUGACCAGAUCCCACAGGAUCCUCAACCAGCCGCCAGGACACGUCUCGACUCCUCCCACCAAGUUCUGCAGACUCCACCCCUCUGAGGCGCUCCAGCUCUUCUGUUUCACCUGUGUCCAGUACACCUGUAGAGACUGUCAGCUGAUGGAUCACAUGAACCACAGGUAUCAGUUUGUCAGAGAAGCUCUGGACAGUCUGAAGAAGCAGGUGGAGGCCGUCGUUCAACCAGUCAGAGCGCAGACAGACGUAGUGAGGCGGAGUCUGCAGGACAUACAGACCAGGCUGCAGGACAUCACUGAGGACGAGUCUCACCUGAAGAGGCAGCUGCAGCAGUCGUACGCCAUCUUUACUCAGCUCCUGAAACAAAGGGUAGACGAGCUCUCCGAGGAGAUCAAGAAGGUGUGUGAAUCAGAGCGCAGCCUGCUGCAGACGAAGAUGAAGAAGCUGCAGCAGCUGCAGCAGAUUCAGCUCUCAGCCACUGAAACCAUAGAAAGAGCUCGAAACAUCAGCGACCUGCCGACUCUGCUCAGCGGCCUGCGACAGAUCAAGUCUCAGCUGAAGCAUCUUCCAAUCCAGGACCUGUCUCCCCCUCUGACCAUGUCUAACCUGACGGUCGUCACAGACAAGGACUCUCUGGAAAGUGCUUUAAAGUUAGGUAAUCUUCAAGUUUCAUGGAUCCCCUUCUCUGUGUCACAAACCUCCAGUCAGAACACUAAAACCACCUCCAGCUCCAGAUCCAGAUCUAGCAGCCAUCCUCUUCUGCAGCCUGGGACCAGUGGUGACUCUGCUCCACCUGCUUCAGUCAGUCUUCCUCCCUCCUCGUCCACCUCCUCCAACCUGAAGCGACCCAUCGUUGCUGGGGCCUCCAGCUUCACCCUCCCCUCCGCUCAGCCCUCCUCCGCUCUGGGGUCGGUGUCCAACCUGAAGACAAACCCGAGCCAAGUGAUGCUGCUGAUGCCGGUUCCUGCCCCUGGGAGUCAGCGGCCCGUCAGCUCCAGUCUCCAGCCGUCAGCAGGUCCGUCUCCGUCCUGCACCGCCCUCAGACUCUCGAACCAGCCCAACACCGUCCUGCUGAACAACAGUCCGACGGUGCACCAGCUGUCCAGCUGGCCCCAUCAAACCUUACCUGGAAACACCUUUGGCCUGAUGGGAAACUCAGGACUCAAAACCUCAGGACAGCUGUACCUGGUUCCAGUCCACCGGAGCCACACGGUAACGCCACACCCCCCCACUCUGACAGUCAGCAGCUCUCUGACCCCCCAGCCUCACCCCCCCUCUGUCAAACAGCAGCAGCAGAGUCCUGUGGUCAAGGCGGUGGCGGACUCCGCCUGCGAUCGGGUGCAGCAGGUGACGGCGACGCAGCAGGAGCCUGUAGAGAACAAACCCACCUCCACUGUGUCUGAGGAGCCUGAACCUGCAGGGAAACCGUCUGAAGAACCGAGCUCUGUGACUGGACGGCCGUCGUCCCCGCCCCGUCCUGGGUCCGGUCUCAUCCCCGGAGACGAGGAGGACGAGGAGGAGCUGGGUGAGCAGGAGCCGGUCGAGAACAAACCGACCUCCACUGUGUCUGAAGAACCUGAACCUGACCCUGAACCUGACCCCGACCCUGAACCUGACCCCGACCCUGUGGAGGACCGGUUGUCACGUGAGGCAUCAGACGACGAUGAAGAACCGAGCUCUGUGAUUGGUCAGCGGGGAUGCAGCAGAGCGUCUGUGUUCGCACCGCCGUGGCCUCCAGCCCACACCUGGGUGCCCCCUCCCCAGUUUGUCUCUGGUCCUCGUAGACUCUGAGGAUGAGGAGGGCGAGACGUGGUCGUCACCUGAACCAGAGACGGAUGAUGAAGGACCGAGCUCUGUGAUUGGUCGGCGGGACUCUGAUCUGAGCCAAUGGCAGCCCAGAGUGUCUCUGUUCAGACUCCCGCUGUCCCUGCCUCCACCUGG